UCCAUAAAAUUCAAUAAAUACAAGAUGUCAAAACUGUUCAAGAUGCCUGAGAUUUAUGCCUGAGCAUGUUUACAAUAAUGUCAGACACUUUCUAAAAACAUUUUAAAAAAUCAGUUAGAAAAUGUUAUACUAAUGAUCAUACGGCAGACAUUAAUGCGCUCGCAAAGGUUUUAUUUUCUAAGUUGUAUUUUAUUUUGAAGUUUUUCACCGGAUGUGGCAACACACGCCACUCAAUUCAACUUGACGCGUAGAAUUUAUAAACGCCGCAGCCACAGCGGUGUUGUUAGUAAACCUCAGCAGCUCUCUGGGAGAUGCUGUUUCUAUAACACACUUUCUUUCUUUUUUUUCCAACAAAAGAAAGUGUUUUAUAGAUUGACUGGAGAUGAAUGAAGUCACAAAGUGACUCGACGAAGUCUAUCGAGGAAUGUUUUCAUUUAUUACAUCUCUCAAAAGUGUCCCGAGCGACACUGUAAGUUGUGAAUUCUUUCAGAAAUAACGAGAGAACGAAUUUUUUUUUUUCGGUUAAAAUGUGGACCAGUUGAUAUUAUAUCACUGUCAGGGGACUGGACGACUUUUUUUUUUUUUUUUUUUUACUUAUUAUUAAUUUAAGUCCGUCGCCGCGAGGAGUGGACGGAAACCGCUGGAAGACACUCGGCUCGUGGCAGAAGUUUCGGGGGAAUGGAGCCCCAGCUGCUGUGCUGUGAGGGGGACAGGCCUGCCAGGGCCUACCGGGACUCCAACCUGUUGACGGACCGGGUCCUGGGAGCUCUCCUGCGGGCAGAGGAGAAUUACCUCCCCGCUUCGAACUACUUUAAAUGCGUCCAGAGAGAAAUCGCUCCGUACAUGAGGAGGAUAGCGGCCACCUGGGUGCUGGAGGUGUGUGAGGAGCAAAGGUGUGAAGAGGAGGUUUUCCCUCUGGCCAUGAACUACAUGGACCGCUUCCUGUCUGUGGAGCCCGUCAAGAAGAACCACCUGCAGCUACUGGGAGCUGCCUGUAUGUUCCUGGCAUCCAAACUAAAGGAGACCAUCCCACUGACCGCCGAGAAGCUCUGCAUCUACACAGACAACUCCAUCACCACGUCUCAGCUGCUGCAAAUGGAGCUGCUGGUUUUGAACAAACUCAAGUGGGACCUGGCCUCUGUGACGCCACUGGAUUUCAUCGACCACUUCCUGUCCCGGCUGCCCGUCAGAAGAGAGUGCCGGUCCAUACUCAGGAAGCACGCUCAGACCUUUGUGGCGCUCUGUGCCACAGACACCAAUUUCAUCGCCAGCCCCCCGUCCAUGGUGGCGGCCGGCAGCAUGGUGGCAGCAGUGGAGGGCUUACAGCUGAAGAUGCUGGGGAACACAUCCAUGUCCCAGAAACUGACAGAGCAGCUUGCACAGACCAUCAGGAGCGACCCGGACUGUCUCAGAGCGUGUCAGGAACAAAUAGAGUCGCUGCUAGAAACCAGCCUCGGACAGGCACGGCAGCAACACACGGUUACUAUGGAAACUAAGAACAGUGGUGAGGGGCAGGACCUCUCGUCCACACCCACAGAUGUCCGUGACGUAAACAUCUGAUGAAGGGCCGAUGGACUGAUGAAGUGGACGG